AUCUAUACAUCCACUUGCAUCUCUAGAUGUUGAGUUUGUCAUACCAUUGGUAAUCUUAUCUUAUUAUACAUAUUUAUAGGACAAUAAGUCAACUAGGGAAGGCAAGGCCAGGCCGUGGGGCACAGCACUGACAUCAAGAGGGUUGGAUCAAAUUAUAAAACUAUAUGGGAGUUCAUAUAAUAUAUAUUUUUGAAUAAAAGAAGUAGAAGAGGGUGACAAAUUGAAAGUGACUACUAAUUUAUUACAAAAACUGAAAAUUGAUAUUUGGAGCAUGUUCUGAGAUUUAUGUGAAAGUGAAGCAUAGAUGAUUCUUUGUCUGUUAGCAUAGUAACCUCUUCAUUCUUUCAACUUGUUUGGCGCCUGCCAUGAAGACUGUUCUUUCCACAGGUUUCUUGUUAUGUUGCUCCCUUCUGUUCCUACUUUUGGAUUCUUCAACUUCACUUCCUCUAUGUGUUGACUCAAAGGCACCCUUUACCUUGAAUACCACACUCAAAUUUUGUCCUUACAACAAUGGAAGUACUUGCUGCAACUCCAUACAAGAUGGACAAAUUCAGAAGCAAUUCCAACAGAUGAAUGUGUCUGAUACUGCCUGUGCCUCACUUUUGAAAUCAAUACUUUGUGCGAGGUGUGACCCUUUUUCAGGCCAGCUGUUUACGGUUCAAUCCACGCCGAGAUCAGUUCCUGUGCUUUGCAAUUCUGCCAUUCCGGCAAAUUCUUCUCAAUCAAAGGCAUUAGUGCAUGAUUUCUGCUCUGAAGUAUGGGAUACAUGUCAAACUGCGUCAAUAGUAAACUCACCAUUUUCCCCUUCCUUACAAGGUCAAGGAGGUGGAUUACCAGCUAAUACCAAUGCAACCAAACUGAAUGAACUGUGGCAAUCGAAAAACGAUUUUUGUAAAGCAUUUGGUGGAGCUUCCAUUAAAUUGAGACUAUUAUACCCUCCCCAUGGUUUAUGCCUUGAGAAAAUUGGGAAUGGAUCUUAUCUCAAUAUGGUUGCUCAUCCUGAUGGCUCAAACCGCGCGUUCUUCUCGAGUCAAAUGGGGAAAGUUUGGUUGGCAACUAUUCCCGAAGAAGGAUCAGGAGGACAAUUGGAGCUUGAUGAAUCAAGUCCCUUUGUUGAUCUAACUGAUCAAGUUUAUUUUGAUACUCAAUUUGGAAUGAUGGGAAUGUCGUUUCAUCCAAAUUUCGCAAACAACGGCCGAUUCUUCGCUUCUUUUAACUGUAAUAAAGAUAAAUGGUCUGGAUGCAAUGGAAUAUGUUCUUGUAAUUCAAAUGUUAAUUGUGAUCCAUCAAAGAUAGGUACCAGUAACGGCGCUCAACCGUGUCAGUAUCAAACUGUUAUUGCAGAAUAUACUGCUAAUGGCACCGGGUCUCAGCCAUCCUCGGCUAAAAGUGCUAAACCAACAGAGGUAAGAAGGAUAUUUACCAUGGGACUCCCAUUUACAUCUCAACACGGUGGUCAGAUACUCUUUGGACCUAAUGAUGGGUAUUUAUACUUCAUGAUGGGAGAUGGAGGAGGUACAGGUGAUCCAUACAAUUUUUCCCAAAACAAGAAAUCACUACUUGGAAAGGUUAUGAGGCUUGAUGUAGACAACAUUCCAAGUGCAUCAGAAGUUAGUAAACUUGGACUUUGGGGUAGCUACUCCAUUCCUAAGGAUAAUCCAUUCAGUGAAGAUAAAGAUCUGGAGCCUGAAAUAUGGGCCUUAGGGUUAAGAAAUCCUUGGCGAUGCAGUUUUGAUUCAGAAAAACCUUCCUACUUUUUUUGUGGAGAUGUUGGACAGGAUCUUUAUGAAGAGGUGGAUCUCAUCACAAAAGGUGGAAACUACGGCUGGCGUGUAUAUGAGGGACUCUAUCCAUUCACUACAACAGAGUCACCUGGAGGAAAUACAUCCCUUAAAUCCAUAAAUCCAAUUCCCCCCAUAGCAGGAUACAACCAUUCCCAAAUAAACAAGAAUGAAGGAUCAGCAUCGAUUACCGGGGGAUAUGUUUAUCGAUCCAUGACUGAUCCUUGCAUGUUUGGAAGGUACCUGUAUGCUGAUCUUUAUGCGGGUGCACUUUGGGCUGCCACCGAAGAUCCUUCAAAUAGUGGAAAUUUCACGACUAGCAAAAUCCCUUUCAGUUGUGCACACGAUUCUCCUAUACCAUGUGACUCAGCACCCAGUAGCUCCCUUCCAGCUCUUGGAUACAUCUUUUCAUUUGGGCAGGACAACAACAAAGAUGUUUAUAUUCUUGCAAGUUCUGGUGUUUACCGAGUUGUUCGUCCAAGUCGCUGCAGUUACACUUGCUCACAGGAAAAGGCAUCAACAACUACUACUCCUCCUUCUCCUUCUCCUUCUCAUGCAAGCCAUUUGAGUAGCUUCUAUGGAUAUAUGUUUCUGCAGCUUUCAUCUUUAUUGUUGGUUUUGAUGUGUUUUAUGUAGUAUAUGCUAAUUAUGAUAACUCUUAAAUUACAGAUAGAUAAGAGAAUGUUUUAUUCACAAGUUCUUUCUUGCUUUCUACUCUUCUUUCUCUCCUUUUGUGUAAGUGUAAUAACUAGUAUAUAAGUGGAUGGAGAUUCUAAAAUACUACAAAUUGAUCAUAUCAAUUUGGUACAGAAUCUUCAAUAAAGCAUGCAACAACACUACAGCAACAUGUUUUCCGUUUCAGUGUUGAGAAAUAAACGAUCAUGAGCUUUAUGGACUA